UGACAGAAUGUGUCAUCAAUUGUCAAAUAGGUUUCCAAAAAAAUAUUAAUAAAUUUGUGAGUUUAUUAUUGUACCGAUUUUAAAAGAAAAAAUAAUUGACAAUUAUUGUUGAACUGAUAACAGUAUCAUGUUUCAUAUCAAUCAACUGUGAUAACUUGCGAAGUCAUUCUUAAUAUGGAACCAUUUUGGAGAAAGUGCUGCAUUGGAGAAAAUUCAACCAAAAUGAACAUUACGCAGUUAUUAUUUCAAAUAUGAUAGAAGAGAGUCAAAUGGGAUCACAAACGCUAGAAAUUCUCAGACAAGGAGUUUGGGCUUCGUUAACGGGAGGAUGGUUCUACGAUCCUCACCAGGAUGUUUUUUGUAACACUUUUCAUUUAUACAUUUGGUUAUAUUUGCUCUGUGUACCUUUCUGCAUUUACGUGUAUUGUCCACCAUCAUUAACAGUCUGGUAUUUUUAUUGUGGUUCAGUUACGUUAGGUCUUACUGUAUUGAAACUUGUUAAUUAUGGUCUCCACUAUAUGUAUGAUACCAAAGAGUGUAUAAUAGAAGAAAUUGAAGAUAUACCGCAGGAAUUGAAAAAAGAAGAAGAAGGGAUUGAAUUACAGGAACUUCCUAAUAAAUCUAGUGUACAAACAAGUAGGACUGCAACAAAAUUGCCUCAUCUUCAUGAUAUUGAAUUUGGUCCUUUACAUAGUACUGAUGCGGAGAGUUUAGAGUUUGAUAUACACCAAACGGAUUACACAGAAGGGGCUUGUAAACCCAGCAGUACUAUUGAUUUAAAAGCGGAAGUACAUAGGAAAAAUUCAUCUGAAAGUAGCGACGAUAAUCCAAUCAUUCCAGUGUCUAAUCAAUCUGAAACUAAACACACCUCUGAUAGACGUCCAAAGCACCAACGUUCCAAAACUGAUAGCUAUGUAACUGUUAUUAAAGAAGAUAAAAAAGUAACCAUAAUGGAUGAGCAAGAUAUGCCUUUGAAGCAAAGAUCCCUUUUGCAAAGUGUCAAAUCUGAGCUGGAAAGAGAUUCUGGUAAUUUCGAUCAAAUAGAAACUACAGGAAGGAGAUACUCAAAUUUUACUAGUUUGAGUUUUUUACCGUCCAGUGUACAAACUGAGAUUAAACCGACAGGUUCUCUCGAAUUAGGUUAUAUAGAUAAAAAUCUAAAUCAACCUCUAACUUCCGAAGGGUUUUAUUUUAAACCGACUGUUAUGGGGGUGCGUCGUAUAAGAUCCACUGUCCUUGAAGCCUGUUGUCCUCCUUUAUCCUUAGAUCUCCAUCCAAAUAGCUUGGAAAUACUUGGGGCUAAAAGUUUAACUAAAAAUCCUUUACCACCUCCCAGCUCUAGUUUAACAAGAAAUCAACAUCUGAAUUUAUGUUCUUAUUACGGUUCUGAGAUUGUUUAUCCAAUAGCAGAACAAUCAGAUGAACAUCAGACUUCCCAUGGACCAGAUACUGAUUUAGAAAGUAUGGAACAUAGAUCCGAAUCUGAGGUAGAAGAAAAUGAUCAAGGUAGCCACAGUCCGUUGAUGUAUAUCAAACAGAAAAAACUGAAAAGCGUGCCUUACGAAGACAAGUACCAACAACCGAUUAAAAUACUUUCAGCUACAACAAUACUCAAUACAAAAGAAUGUAACAAUUCCAAAGAUAAACUUAUAGAAAAUAAUGAUAAUUCAAAUUCCAGUACCACGCCCGAUAUGCAAGAUGCUAGAACUGAUUUUUAUAAUACAGAUAAUGAAAUCAGUGAUAAAAAUCUUUCAUUCAGUAAUUCUAGCAUGGAAUGUGAAGAUAAUAGAGCAGGGUCUAUUUGUCCUGGUACCGAAGAAAAAAUUGAUAAACCGGUAAGAAGAAAACCGCAAAAAAUAUGUAGAAUAGUUAAACCCGGUGAAGAUGAUCCGCCGGUGGUGGUAAGAAAAAAGAAAAUAGCGAAGACGCGGAGGAGGGCGAUGAGCGACGACCAAGCUGGUCAUUCGAGAUGUCAACAUCAAAGAAAAUUUCCCAACUUGACCGAACCUCUUAAAAGAGAUAACGGUGGUUGGUGUAGUACCACAACCGUAUCUUUAGAACACGACGUUAGUAAAGUCCUUCAAGACCAAGUCCCAUCGACUAGUAGCCUGGGCGCUAUACCAAAGAAAACCCGAAGGGACACCCAAAGUUCCAUAACGAAAAAACUACCGAAAAGCGAAUCGGAAAAAUGUAGCGUAUGCAGAUGUAAACCGAGGUUGGAUAGACAAAGAAAUGAACCGACGAAAGAAAAUAAAGUCACACAAACGCAGUUAAGGCAUUCGGAGAGUUUGAGCCCAGUAGACGGAUUAGAAACAGGACAGAAAAAUAAUUUAUCUAAAACAGAUACUAAUAAAUCGGAUCCUCAAUCUAAGAACGAAGACGGUUCCUCCAACGGUUCCAAUAACGAAUUAAGCACUUUAUUACCCCCGGCGCCUCUAUUAUCAGUGUUCCUGCAAUCCAGACCGAGCAAUAUAAGUUCCACAAUGGGCUUGGAAAGUAUCCGGUCGAAUUCUAACCGUAUGAGGUUGAAAAGAAUGAACCGAGCCCAUAGGAGAAGGACUAACCCCGUAGGUAAAAAGGACAAUUUCCUAUCAGGAUACGGUGGUACAUAUACAUCUAAAAAUUUUAAUGAUACCACUGAAAGUUGUAGUCAUUGUACGGCGGAUGAAUACGGUGAUUUGUGUGUAUUAUCCUAUGACGAUAAAGGGGGUAGUAUCGAACCGAACGGUCCUAGUACUUCGCAGGGGGCGGAGGUGAAUCGUAGAAACCGACGUCGGAGUGAUACUAGAAGGACAGUCGAUAUUUGGGAUAGUAACAGUACGGAAUCGAUUUGUAAUAGUUCGGUUUCUACGAUAUUAGACGUGUCUUUGCAAAAAUCGAUGCAACCGAUGAAUUUUCAACAGAAUUCUGAUCAAUUCCAGAGGAUAAAACCGCCUUUCGAACAGGAUCGAUUGCUAUUAUCAGAAUCGGUGUCGACGAAAUUCAAGUGCAUAAUACCGAAACCGACGGACGAAAACGUGAAAAGGACGAAAAGUUAUUACGCGUUCAAAGUGUGGCCGCCGCGGACGUACGUCAAAAUCAGCAUGGACAGAUUGAAAUUGUUGGCGCUUCUAGAUCGAAAUUUAACUUUGCGCGAAACGAUAAUUUCCAUAAUAUUGGGCGGUUCCGUUUGCGCAUUGGGCUCGAUAUUGUUGUACAAACAAUUUUACAGGGACGUAUCGGCUUUCGCGUUUUGUUUCGUAACGGCCGGUUGCCAAUAUUCGUUGGUGAAGAGCGUCCAACCGGACGCCGCAUCCCCCACGCACGGUUUCAAUAGAAUAAUCGCCUAUUCGAGACCGUUGUACUUUUGUAUAUUCGCAUCCUUGGUACUUAUACUCGAUUCGAAUUUAUCGGAGCGGACGCGCGACUCCUCCGGCUACGAUCUCAAUUCGUUCCGGUUAACUUCCGGGCAAUAUCUGCGUCUGUCGCGCGAUUUUUUCGUUACGUUCAUAUUGGCGUUUCCGCUGUUGUUUUCUUUCGGUCUCUUUCCUCAGAUCAACACGUUUCUCGUCUAUAUUCUCGAACAAAUCGACAUGCACGCGUUCGGCGGCAACGCCGCCUCCAAUCUAUCGGCGGCCUUUUAUUGCGUUUUCCGAUCGUUUUUUACUGUGAUAAUAUUGGGGGGCGUGUGUUACGGGGGUUUGAGCGAGACCAAAGGGGCGCAGCAUAUUUUGUUUUCGAUAUUUUGCGCGUGUCUCGUAGCCGCCUGUUACCACCUCAGCAGAUCUACCAGCGAUCCGACGCAUAUGUGGAACAUGUUGAAGGAUCAUCUCUGGCUGCCUGACGUCUACAGGGAACAGCAGAACCGGGGAGACGGCGGCGAACCCGCCGCCGGAGGGGGCCAAAACGAUCAGGAUAAACUCACAAAAACCGAUUCCAAAGGCAUAAAUACUAAAGAAAAGACUGUAAAAUUUCCUAAUAAUAAAGAACAAUACCCCGAAGACGAUGUUGCGGAUCCGUUGCCUUUGAAAUUACAAAAAAUCAACAACGCCAGAUUAAAAAACGACCUAAUAUUAUGCAGUUUAAUAGCGAUUUUAGUUUUCGCAGUUCACGCCAGUACCGUAUUUACGGUACUUCAACCGGAAUUGGGUCCGGUUUUAUGGUCCAUAGGCGCUACAUUGGGGUUCAUCUUACAUUAUAUCAUUCCUCAAUUUAGAAAACAUCUUCCUUGGUUAUGUAUCGCCAGACCGAUCCUUCGGUCACAGGAACACGAACAUUAUCAGAUCAAAGGACCUGCCAAAAUUAUGUGGUUCGAAACGGUGUACGUAUAUUUUUCAUUUUUGGAACGAAACAUAGUGUAUCCACUUUUGUUUCUCUCCGUAUUGACUGAAGACUCUCCUCGUAUAGUAUCGAAAUACGGUACUCUACGAGGUUCAUUUAUAGUUGUGAUAUGCGGAAUAAAGUGCCUAAGGAACAGUUAUUCGAAUCAGAGUUCCCAAUAUCUGAUUCUAGUAUUUACGGCUUUAUUUUACAAAUACGACGUCAGGGACGUCGGCGAAUCCUUUUUGGUUAUCUACUUUUUUAUGGUUACUAUUUACAAUAAAAUUUACGAGUUGUUGUUAAAGAUCCAAUUUGUUGUGACUUACAUAGCCCCUUGGCAGAUAACGUGGGGCUCGGCGUUCCACGCCUUCGCCCAACCUUUCUCUGUACCCCAUUCCGCCAUGUUGUUCCUACAAGCGAUUUUAUCGUCCUGUCUCUCGAUGCCCCUGAAUCCUUUCUUAGGUAGCGCCAUAUUUAUAAUAUCCUACGUACGUCCUAUUAAAUUUUGGGAAAGGGAUUAUAACACCAGACGAGUAGAUCAUUCGAAUACUCCACUUUCUUCCCAUUUAGACAGAAAUUUAGGGGCGGACGAUAAUAAUUUGAAUUCGCUGUUUUACGAACAUCUCACCAGGUCCUUGCAGACUUCUCUAUGCGGUGAUUUAAAAAUGGGGAGAUGGGGUCCGGUGAAUCAGGGAGACUGUUUCGUAUUAGCAUCGGAUUAUUUAAAUUGUUUGGUGCAUAUCAUAGAAAUGGGUAACGACGUAACCACUUUUCAAAUGAGAGGAUUGGAAUUUAGGGGGACUUAUUGUCAACAAAGAGAAGUCGAAGCUAUUACCGAAGGGGUCGAGGAAAAUGACGGUUGUUGUUGUUGCGAUACUGGUCACCUACCGAAUAUGCUGAGCGUCAACGCCGCUUUUAAUCAAAGAUGGUUGGCUUGGGAAGUUAUGGCUGCGAAAUAUAUUCUCGAAGGUUAUAGCAUAUCCGAUAAUAGCGCGGUGACUAUGUUGCAAGUUUUUGAAUUUAGGAAAGUUUUGGUCUCUUAUUAUGUUAAGAGUAUAAUAUUUUAUUUGCUCCGUUCACCGAAAUUAGAACAUUGGUUAUUCAAUCCUACAAUUUUGAAAGCCCUAUCUCCGAUGGAACACAGAACGUUCGUCGAUUUAGAUCCAACUUUCAACAGUAACAUCGACGAAGAUUACGACAUCCAAAACAGCGGCAUUACAAAAAACAGUUUUAUGCAAAUACACGGUGAUUGGAUAAAAUAUUGCGUAGAAAGAUCUGAAAAGAACAUCGAAUGUGGAUUAAACGCCCCGUUGACUCUAUUAUGUUUCGCGUUGAGUCUGUUAGGUAGAAGAACUUUAGGUGCGGUUUCCCAUAACACAGUUUCCGGAGUGGAGUUUUUUCUUUACGGCCUACAUGCUCUAUUCAAAGGCGAUUUUAGAAUAUCUUGUGCUAGAGACGAAUGGGUUUUCAGUGAUAUGGAUCUACUUAAAACCGUGGUAGCUCCAGGUGUUCGAAUGUCUCUAAAAUUACAUCAGGAUCAUUUCAUGGCAGCCGAUGAAUACGAAGAGCUUUCCACUUUAUACGAUUCCAUUUGUAAACACGAAGAGGAGUUGGUUAUUUCACACGAAGGUGAUCCGGCUUGGAGAAGGGGCGUGUUGAGUGGAGCACCUAGUCUUUUAGCUCUAAGGCACGUUUUCGAUGAAGGUAACGAUGAAUACAAAAUAAUAAUGUUAAAUAAACGUUAUUUGAGUUUCCGUGUCAUAAAAGUGAAUAAAGAAUGCGUUAGGGGCCUUUGGGCUGGUCAACAACAAGAACUAGUCUAUUUUAGGAAUCGUAAUCCGGAACGUGGUAGUAUACAAAACGCCAAACAAGCCCUUAGGAAUAUAAUAAAUUCGUCUUGUGAUCAACCCAUAGGGUACCCCAUAUACGUUUCACCCCUUACCACGAGUUAUGCGGAGACCAAUGAACAAUAUUCUAGUCUAGUAGGGGGAUCGGUUACUUUGAAGAAGAUUAAAAAUUAUUUUUUUAAUACGUUUAGAAGGAUAAGAAAAAGGUGCGGUGAGGGUUGUUCUAGCGGAUCGGCUAAUAGAGAGGAAGUUAGUAUGGGACACGAGGGGAUGUAUGCCAUGACUCCGAUGUCUACUUUAGCCCAUACCGGUAGUCAAUCUACGGAUGGUUCUCAUUUGGGCGGCAGCAUCGGGAGAGGAUCGAGUCUCAGUAGAGCUUCGUUAGGUGGUAAUAGGGGUAGUUUAGUUUCGAUGGGGAAACCGACUAGUUCGACUUUGGUCAGUUUGGCGGGAUUAUUUAAGGAGAGGGAUGAAAGGUCGGUAUCUCAAGUACCUGAUGUUCAAAUUCGAGGGGGAGGUGAAGAAAGGGUCGUCGAUACAAAUUCCGUUGCCGAAAGGGAUUGUGCAAUAAGGGUUAGAAUUACAGAUUCGAAUGCUGUGUUCGAUUCGUUAAAUCAGAUACGAAAAGUGGAAAUAUUGUGGCCGAACGAAUUUAUAAGGAUUAGAGGUGGAAAAACGUAUUGGAAAGAUUGGAAACCGGAAGUCGGAAUGGAUGGAACGGUGGUGCAUAAAUGGUUGCCGAGCCAUAAGGAUCCCAGCAGAAGGUCACAUAUUGAAAAAACAAUCCUUUUAGUUAAUAUCGAUGAUAAAUACGUCCCGAUAGCCGAAAACGGCGUACAGGAUCUCGGCGCGGAAGUAUAGCAAAAGUUAUACAUUUCGGAAUCUUAAUACUUCCAUAUAAUUUUAAACUAAAGUCUCCGGAGAUACAAAUACAAGUUCCUGUUUAUGAAACGAUAUUUUCUUUCUACUUAAUUAAUGUAAUUAAUUCAAAUUUUCUUUUUUUGAAUUGAAAUUUUUCCUUGGAGACUUUGUAUUUAAUUUAUUUCCAUAGACUGUUGCGAUUUUUAUUUCGUAGGCUAUCGAUACGUUAUCGAGUGUUUUCUUGUUUCGCAACAGUUUGGACAUGUUUUUAACUGUCACAGUCACUCUCUAGUUCAGUUCUACCUUGAGUGAGGUUAAAUUAUCGCUUCUACAGGAUUUGAAUCAUAUUUUUGCAAUCUUGAAACAUUUUACAAUCAGUUAAACGGAAAUUUAACCGCCCCAUCCCUAUAAUUCUUUCCAUAAUCUUCUGUGAUCCUUUUUUUCAUACUUAUUUAUAUACUAAAGUUUUUCUGGAAACUUCUUUUCUCGAAAAAAAAAUUUGUAAAUUGUAUUAAAUAUCAGGAUAUACACUUUACGUAUUUAUAUGCUAAAGUUUUUCUGGAAAUUUCUAUUUUCAAAAAACUAGGAUUUUUAUUAAACAGGUAGGUUUAAAGUACAGGUAUUUAUUGUAGAGGCCUAUUUUCUGGAAAAAACUAGAAUUUUACAAAAUUUUGAACAUUCGGAAUGUUUUAUAAGACAGGAGCGUCAUCGAGAUCUACAAUUCACUAAUUUAUAUCCGAAAGUUUUUCUCGAAGUUUCUAUUUUGAAGAAAAUCGUAGUUUUGCCAAAAUUUGAAAAUUCUAUUAGACAGGGGCGGCUUCGUGGUGUACACUACACAUAUUUUUGUACUAAAACAUUCCUUGGAGGUUUUAUGUUGAAAGUGUCAGAGGUUUUGCCAAAAUUUGAAUUUCCCAUUAGACGGGGGCGGCUUUGUAAUCUAAUAUACGUGUUUAACUAAUAAAAUAUUUCGCUAAAUUGGGGUUUGUUUCAAUUCAGGUGAUUUUACUGUCCAAACUGUUGACUGUAAAUAGAAAAACAUAACGGAAAUUCUAUACACUUGUUGAUAUUGUAAGGAAGGUAUAUAUUUAAUACGGUUGGAUAUUAUGUAUAUUAGUUGAAAAAUAAUAAUAAUAAAACGUAGUAUUUGAUCAAAGAAUUUUUACAUGAUUGCCUUAAAACGAUAAAUAGACUGAUUUUUUAGGUGUUACACUUAUUCGAAUAUGUCAUUUCUCUAUUUAUAGCCGGCAAAAUAUCUCGUUUAAUCGAUUUUCAUUCAUAAUCCCAACUAGUUUUACUAGAUUUUUCUAAAGUAUACUAUUCCAAUUCACUUUUGCAGGUUAUUUUACCACAUAGUAACAUUAGAAUAGAACAAAUGACGUUUGACUGACACAUGACGUACUUUAAUUGACAUUUCAAUUGUCGUAUUUAAAUAAAUACAAUACAAAAUAUCAGUUUAUAUUAAAAUUUUCCUUCAAAUACUUUUUUAUUCCAAUUUAAUUCGGUUGAGAUUGAGGUUAUGAAAUACUUGUAGGUCUUACAUUAUAAAAAUAGACGUACGUCAUUAAAUGAGUUGAUAAUUACAUGUCGCCAAACUUUGUAAUUAUUUUUCAAAAAUUCCAAAAUAAGCAAUCAUAUUAAUCGAAGCACUAAUACAUGAAACUAAAUCUGUAGUUCGAUUUAGUUACCGAAUAUAGACAAAAAUGUCACCGACCGUUUAAUAUGUUACGGAACUCCAUCAAUAUUUUUCGAUUAUAGUGAAACAACGUCCAAAAUGGACCGUAACUACCCUAUUAUCCUAGAAGAUCCUUUACUGGGUUUGUGUUAAGUUACGGUUACUGGAAAGGUAAUAAAAAAAACUUUCUAAAGUGCAAAAUUAGUAGCGCGCUUCACCUUGUAUGUAUUAUAAUUGAGGAAACCGGCAAAUCGCAUCGUUAAUGACGUACGUCGUUUUUUAUAAAUCAUUUAAUAACCGAUUGUUUAAUUUUUUUUUAUUUAUUUAUUUUUUGUUACGUGAAAUACGGAUCUGUUAAAAUAUGUAGGAUGUCUUGUUAUAUUGUAAAUAUGUAAAUAUUUAUUUUAUGGAAAAUUAUGUCACAUUAAUUGAAAAAUUUUAGUCGUUAUACGCUUAUUUAAAAAAAAUGUAAAAAAGCAGGUUUUUUUUCAUGAGUUAUUUUCCAAAAAAAUUACAUUUUUGAUAAUCUCAUCACUUGUAUCGGUACUGCAACUUUUUUAAAUCAAAUUUCGACCCACAAAAUGGUACUAAAAUCGGUAAAAAUAAUUUGAACACAUUGAUUAAGCUUAGACCACACAAUUUUUAUAACCAAAACAAGCCUUAGGUAUCUGAAGAGGAUAAUUUGAUUAUCGAAACGUGUGUCGGAUAAUAUAGUUAUUGCAGUUAGCUCUAAUUAAUCAAGAAGUUUCAAAUUCUUCACUAAUUCGGUUGUUUUGAAAAAAAAAUUAAUUUUACUUGAAAAUAACGCAUGAAAAUUAUACCGGUACCAGUCGAAAUGUUCAAUUUCGAAAAUGAAAUUUUCGUUCAACAAAUUUUUGAAUAAAGUUUAACGUAUAAUUAAA